AUGGCGGCUGAGUGGCAAGCCGCCUUGCAGACUCUGCAGGCGCGCAGCCUCCCGCAGCAGCUGUGCUGUGCACUCAGCAGCUGCUCCCGGGCUGCUCGCUGGAAGGCUGCAAGUCAGCUGCUGCCCACUUGCAGGGAGCUGAGCCCGAAGGCGAGGCGGGUGGCCCAGUGUUGCGCCAUCACCGCGUGCCAACGAGCCACGCGCUGGCAAGAGGCGAUGCAGCACUUUAGCCGUUGCUCGCUGCAGAGUCUCCAAUUGGACGUGCAGAUCGCCGGCGCUGCCACGCGCGCUUUGGCCGGAUGGAGGCAGCCGGUGCAGCUCUUGAAGCAGAUGCACAACUGCCGCCUCAGCAACAUCAUCGUGUACAGCGCUGCCAUGUACGCCUGCGCGCGGGCCUCCGAGUGGCAGGCGGCCUUGGCGCUGCUGGCGGAGCUGGACACGGCGGACACGGUCUGCUGCAGCACCGCGGUCACGGCCUGUGAAAAGGCGGGGCUGUGGCAGCCGGCGCUGGCGCUGGUGCAGUCCAUGCGGAGCUGUGACCUUCGCUUGGAUGAGGCCCUGCUGAACAGCGCUUGCUCUGCCACAGAGAAGGGCCAGCAGUGGCUCUUCGCAGGCCAAAUCUUGCGGACCAUGGCCGGCCUGAAGAUGGUGGGAGUGGCGGCGGUGAGCGCUGCGGUGAGCGCGGCCAUUUUCUGGCGCCGAGCGCUGGGCCUGUGGCAGGCACUCCGCGAGCUCGGUAGGCAGGCCGACGUGGUGCUGCUCAACGCCACGGUGACGGCGCAGACGCUAUGGCAGCGGGCGGUGCAGGUCUACGCAACCAUGGCCAAUGAGAGGCUUCGCACAUCGGUGGUGACGUGCAAUGCCAUGCUGGCUGCUUGCGCUCGCUGUUGGUCGCUGAGCCUGCAGGUGCUGCAGAAGCUUUUGCAUGGCACGCUGGAACCGCAGCUGACCACCUUCAACAGCAGCUUGAGUUGCGGCGACUGGCCGCGAGCGCUGCUUCUCGUAGAGCAGCUGGAAAGGAGGCAGCUGGUGCCGGAUGACGUCACCGCGGGCGCCAUGGAGAAUGCCCUGAAAACCUCCUGGCGCCAAUCGCUGCAUUUGAGUGUGCAGCUGGCUUCUAGCUCCUCGCUACACAUGAAGUCUGCACUGCGGGCAGGGGAGGAGGGCAAGCAGGUGACGCAGACCUCACGACUACUCUCAGAAGCGCUCUUCAAUUGCACCAGACAGAGACGGCGCAGCAGGACCAAGGCGCUCUUCAAUUGCACCAGACAGAGACGGCGCAGCAGGACCAAGGUUGGCUUUCUUCCUUGGGCGGGGUACCACCAGCUCGCAGCGGCUAAAAGAUGCCUGCGGCUGCCGGAUUCGGUGAUGCCGCAAUACGAAGGUGUUCUCGGGGAUCUGCGGGAAGUCUUCAAGGGCGUGGGGCGGAUGGGGGUCGCGAGAAGACUGGCUGAUAGCCGCCAGUUCGGGCGGUGA